CUUCACUUCACUUUCUUGCAAAAAUGACGGAACCUCAACGCGUGGUCGCCGAUCCAAACCGCAAACGGUUCACCGCGUCUGGCAAAUCCGCGCCUGGUCCUGCUGCCGUGUCUGAUCCUGCGGCGGCGGCUGACUUUGGCAUUGACGAUGUGGGCAGCAUGGCUCCAGCAGCAGCGUCGGAGCAGUUUGCCGUUGUUCCGGUCGCCGGUGCUGCCACCACCACGACCACUGCUGCUGCUACUGCUGCUGCUGCUGCUGCUGCUACUGCUGCUGCUGGUGGUAGUGGUAGUGGUAGCAGUGGUAGUGGUGCUGCUGGACGAGCUUCAGCUGCUCGAGGUGCGCGCUUUGCCAACCAAGUCCCAGACGAGAUUUUGAACAACGAGGCACUCAAUGCGGCAAUUCGAAUGUUGCCAUCAAAUUACAAUUUCGAGCUGCACAAGACAGUGUGGCGUGUUCAGACAGCCGGGUGCAAACGAGUUGCUCUGCAGUUCCCAGAAGGCUUGCUGAUGUUUGCUUGCGCGAUUUCUGACAUUUUGGAAAAGUUUGCCAACGUUGAGACGUUGAUUAUGGGUGAUGUCACGUACGGAGCAUGCUGUGUUGAUGAUUAUACCGCUACAGCGCUCGGAGCAGACUUUCUGGUUCAUUACGGUCAUAGCUGUCUUGUGCCCAUCGACUCGACAAAAUUGAAAAUGCUCUACGUCUUUGUCGACAUCAAGAUUGACACUCAACAUCUCAUUGAGACGCUCAAGUUUAACUUUGAAGCUGGAUCUCGUCUUGCGUUCGUCAGCACCAUUCAGUUUGCGACGGCCCUGCAGGCUGCUCAAGCUGGGUUGACCGACCAUUUCAAGGUUGAGAUUCCCCAAGCAAAGCCGCUGUCUCCAGGCGAAAUUCUUGGCUGCACUUCGCCCAAGCUUGUCGAUAAGGACGCUCUAGUGUAUAUUGGCGAUGGUCGGUUCCAUCUUGAGUCUGCCAUGAUCUCCAAUCCCACCGUUCCAGCCUAUCGUUACGAUCCAUACUCGAAAGUUUUCUCGCGCGAGUACUACGACAUUGAAGCCACACAUCGGGCCCGGAAAGCAGCCAUUGCGUCUGCCACCAAAGCGCAGAAAUUUGGUUUGAUUCUCGGCACCCUUGGGCGUCAGGGCAAUACCAAAGUCAUGGAGAACCUGCAGCAGCGAUUAGAAGAGGCGAAAAUCGAAACCACCACGGUUUUGUUGUCUGAAAUUUUCCCAAGCAAACUGGCCAUGUUUGAAGAUAUUGAUGCGUGGGUCCAAAUCGCUUGUCCACGCCUAUCCAUCGAUUGGGGCUCUGCCUUCUCCCGACCAUUGUUGACACCGUAUGAAACCAAUGUCGCUCUGCAAAAGGUUGCAUGGCAAGAGGUCUAUCCCAUGGAUUUCUAUGCGCGCGAUGCACUCGGUCCUUGGACACCCAACCAUCCCGAUACCGCGCCAGGCAAUCAACCCAAGCCUCGAGCUGCACGUAGCACCGCUGCGGCUGCAACUAAGGCGGACACUGCUAAUACCAGCGCGGCGACUCCGGCUGCGUCCAGCGCGCCGAGCGAGCCCAAACAGUGAAAGUUUUGAAAACAUCGUGUAUUGUGCCUCGAAUACACUGUGUUUGAUCGUUGA